AUGUCUAUCCUCAAAUCAAAUAACUAUUAAAACAAAAAAUAAUAAGGAUUUUCUUUAAAUGAUGAGUUGGGAAAAUUGUUAUCACAUCAAAUAAUGAUUUAAACUAAUGAGUCGAAUUCAUUUUUAGAUUUCUCUUAAAUUGAAUAAGAAUCAGAACCUCGAACAUCAAAAAAGGUUAGAAAAAACCCUAAAGAAAAUGAAGAUGACUCUUGGGAUGAAGAUUUUAAAUACAUUUAUCAAUUUAGAACUAGCUUUAAAACAAGAGGGAAAUAAGUCUAAUUAAGAGAAUAUUAUUUAGAAUAAAUAGAAAAUGAUUAAAUAUUUUGGAAAUGUGUUCCUCAUCCAAAAUUAUUAGAAUUUUUAGAGACUCAUAAUUAUAAUGAUAUUUAUGAAUAUGUCAAAUAUUGUAACAAAUAAGGACUAUUACUAGAAUACCCGAUUAAAAAAUGUAUAUCAAUUAUUUAUACUUAGACUAUUAGGAGUAAAUAGAGAUCCCUAAAUAUAACUAUUAUUAAAUGAAAGAAAUUCAUGAAAAAAAUUAUAUUUAGAGAUCCAUAGAAAGUUUAGUUGAUGAAGUUAAAAAAUUAAAAAUUACAAAAGGAUCUGAUUUUCCAAAAACAAAUAAUGGAAACCUGGUUAAAUUCUAUACUCCGGAGGAAAUAUAAUAAGAAUAUCGAAGAUAAGAAUAAAUAAAAAAUAAAUAAAGAGAGUUAGGGAGAUAAAUUAAAGAGAGAAAAUUAUAAAAUGAUAAUAAAGCUUAGGAACUAAAACCAAUUUAUGAAGAAUUUCCUCUCGAUUAACCAAUAAAUGAAGAUACUAUAAAAGCAUGUAUAUUGGAAUUCAUAAAAAUCAAUUUUUCAAUUGUUGAAUAAUUCUAACCACAAUAAAAAAUGAAAGAUGUAAUUUAGGAGGAUGAAAUUGAUUAUGAUUUUCUCUCAGAUGAUUCUUUGAAAGAUAUAUGUUCUACACAUCCACGAGAGAGAAAGAAUUUUUAUUCAUUAAAUUUUGCUAAUAGAGUGCAAGCCAUUUAAGUUGUCAAUUUUUUCAGAUUCUAAAAGGAUGAAGCUAUAGUAUGA